CGAGCAGGAGAAGAAGACCAAGCAGCUGCCAUUAGCACUUCCUGUCUGGAUCUACAGUUUUUAUUUCAUAUUUAUUCUGUAGCUCCGUGUGAGGGACUCGACCCGUGUUCUCAGCCCGGUUCCUGCAUCCCUCCCUCGGUCAGGGCUCCGCUCCGCUCCCCCGCACAGCAGCUAGCUACCCGCGGUGCCACAGCCGCUGCUCGCCCCGCAGCGAAGAGGGAACAAGGUGCCCCUAACCCGGGACUUGAAUUCUUCAUAAACACGCUAAGGAACCACUCUCCUGGGGGUUCCCAUCUGAUGGAGCAGUGCUUGUCUGCCCACCAUGUUUCCUUGUCACGUAAGCCCCUGGCCCUCUGCUGAGCCCAUGGCCUCCUGCGGCAGUCAUGCACCCCAGGAUCAGCCCUCACAGCCCCUCCCUGACCUGCUGUGCAGCUGUCCCGCUCCACCUUUGAACACCACCCCUCAGACGCCAUCCCCGGACCCCAUGGAGUCCCUCAUAGUGAUCACGGAGUACGAACCCAGCAGGCCGACUGGGGAGGAGGAGGUAGAAGAUAUGGACAGUUCUGAGACGCCCGAGCCGGCUUCCUCUGUGGCGGCGCCCUUCCCAACCUCGUCCUGCGACCUGCUGUCCCACACAGUUUGCCGGUCGGCGUCCCUGCUCCCCCAGACCCAAGAGCAAAGGGGAAGACUGAACAUGUCAGACAGGAAACUAUCUCUGCAGGAGCGCUCGCAAAGCGUGGCAUCGCCCUGCAGCUCCCCGGGACUCAACGGGCGCUACAUUUACCCAUCGUUACCGUACUCGCCCAUCACAUCACCCCACUCUUCUCCACGGUUUCUCCGCCGACCCACUGUGGAGUCCCACAGUGUCUCUAUCACAGACCUCCAGGACUGUGUUCAACUUAACCAGUAUAAGCUGAAGGAUGAGAUCGGAAAGGGCUCCUAUGGUGUUGUGAAGCUGGCGUACAAUGAGGACGACAACACAUACUAUGCGAUGAAGGUGUUGUCCAAGAGGAGGCUGAUGAGGCAGGCAGGUUUCCCACGAAGACCUCCCCCUCGUGGAGCCAAAGCAGCCCCUGAGGGCCCCCCCCAUCUCAAAGGACCCCUGGAGCGGGUCUAUCAAGAGAUUGCCAUCCUGAAAAAGCUGGACCAUUCCAAUGUAGUAAAACUAGUGGAGGUUUUGGACGACCCCAGCGAGGACCAUCUGUACAUGGUGUUUGAGCUGGUGAAGAAAGGGGCUGUGAUGGAGGUACCGACAGAUGAACCUUUCAGCGAGGACCAGGCACGCUUCUACUUCCAGGAUCUGCUCAGGGGAAUUGAGUAUUUACAUUACCAGAGGAUCAUCCACAGGGACGUCAAACCCUCCAACCUGUUGGUGGGAGAAGACGGACACAUCAAGAUAGCAGACUUCGGAGUCAGUAACCAGUUUGAGGGAACCGAUGCUCUUCUGACCAGCACAGUGGGAACUCCUGCUUUCCUGGCCCCCGAAGCUCUGUCAGAAACCAGGAACUACUUCUCUGGAAAGGCUUUGGAUGUUUGGGCCAUGGGAGUGACACUUUAUUGUUUCGUCUUUGGAGUGUGUCCUUUUAUGGAUGAGCGCAUCCUCAGUCUUCAUCAGAAAAUCAAGACACAGCCUGUGGUGUUACCUGAACAAGCUGACAUAUCAGAUGAUCUCAAAGAUUUGUUGCUGAAAAUGUUGGAUAAGAAUCCAGAGACGAGGAUAUCAGUCACACAGAUUAAGGUGCACCCGUGGGUUACAAGGCACGGUGCGGAGCCGCUUCCUCCAGAGGAUGACAACUGCUGUCUGCUGAUCGAGGUCACAGAGGAGGAGGUGGAGAAUUCUGUGAAACACAUCCCCAGCCUGGCUACAGUGAUCAUGGUGAGAACUAUGCUGAGGAAGCGUUCUUUUGGGAACCCGUUCGACCUGGGCCGCAAAGAGGAGCGCGGCAGCUUGGGUGCUCCAGGGCAGACGCUCAUGAAGCAGGAGAGUGGGGAUGGCAUGAAGACUAUGGACCUGCCCUACGUGGGAGAAGACGAGGCUCUUUCCUGAUGACCAGGGUCCACAGUCCACCAUGCCCCGCUGCACGACCCCCCUUUACUCACGCUUUUAUACUGGCGGCCUACGCCCACAUGCGUUUCCUGGUGGAGGUGAAGCGGCCGCAGAGAACAAAGAGAACCCGACGGAUCUGAGGCACUUUGACGACCAUUUGCUUGUUCUCCAUUUUCCGAGGCUUUAAAGGGAGACUUGUCAAAACUCCCAGAGAGAAUCCUCCUGAACAUUGCACCUGUCUGCAGCUCUCAUCGCCCAAACCAGUCUCCUCUCUUCUCACCCUGCAUGCAUGUAUAGUCUGUGCAUGCUUCGUCUCAGGCUUCAACUGUACAGCUUUGUGUUUUACUUGUAGUUUAGCCACUCGUGUUUCUCCUUGUCCUCACUUGACGAUACUUUCAGGUAACGGGUGGCCGUGGAUGACGGUUAAUGGGGAGGGAUGGUUGUAUUUUCGCCAUCACCUCAACCUGCUCUCCAUUGGAGCAGGUUUUUAUUGACGAUGAUUGUCUGGUUCGCUCUGCUUCAGAGCGGCAGGGCCCAGUUUUGUCAAAUAUUUUUCAGAGAACGACUCAUCUGCACAGUUUUCCCCCAAAAAAUGGAAAAAAGGGCAACGAUAAAAAUGUUUACGUCACUGAAUGCAUUUGUUUACUUUCCCAAUGCAACAUUGUAUAAGCUAUUUCUGAGCACUGGCAAGCACAGGACACACUUUGUUUGAUGCAAUUCUUUCUUAUUUCAGUCUUACCACUGGCUCUUAAUUGAGUCCAUCAUCUACUACAAUCAGAGAGUAGAAAGCUUUAAAAACUGUUAAUAUGUUGCUUUGCAAGUUCAUCAUUGCUUUUCAAUGGCUUAGAUUUAAAGCUUUUGCUUCAGUGAGACUUUUCUCAAGUGAGCAGUCAAAUAUUUGUUGGUUUAUGCUUGAUAUUUUAAGCUUGACAAAAACAGAAUGUGUUGGAGCAACAUUAUUCUUUAGGCUUUUAAGUUUAAACCCAAAAUUAUUUCUCAGCUAUUAAUUGGACAAACAUGCGCUCGUUGGCGGUUUCAUACUGAAAAGAGAAAAUCGUGACUCUCCAACCUCACGUUCAAACUGGGAAGGUUCUCACUUGUUUGGUUUUGUAUCGUAAGAAUCAGUGUUUUUUUUAUUUAAACGCACAUUUUCAGAACACCAAAAACACUUUAAUUAUAUAUAACGUUGUAAAGUGCAGUAACUUAAACAGACAAACCUUUAAACUAUUUGUUUGUGUUAAAUUACCAGAGCUGGUGCAGCAUUUACGUUUUGAGAUGGGAGGGCAUAGAGCAGCUGCAGAUGUGUCUUGUAAAAAUCUAUGCAUAUCUAUUGAACUGUUAUAAAGAAACUCUUAUGUCAUCGUUGAUUGAAGGACUGGGCCAGUCUGCAAAUAUUUAUAUAUAAACUAACUAUCAAAUAUUUAUAUUUAUUCUCAUGUUUUUUCAUUUUUGAUGAUCCCAAAGCAGUAAAAUCAGCACAUUUCCACUUUU